UCUGUACCUAAGCUUCUCUCACUCUCACUCUCGCUCUCACAAACACAAACUCUGCUCUCUACAUAUAUCAAAGCUUUAGAUCUGAAGAAUCAAAACCCAUAAGCCUUUGCUGGAAAGAAGAUCUGGGUUAGUUUGACGUGAUAGAGUAAAUGGCAAUAACGGAUGCAGAAAACCCUCUUCUUGGAGAAACCACUUGUGGCUCUUUACUGCAGAAAUUGCAGGAAAUUUGGGAUGAAGUUGGUGAAUGUGAUGAAGAGAGAGACAAGAUGCUUCUUCAGAUAGAGCAAGAAUGCUUGGAUGUAUACAAGAGGAAGGUUGAACAGGCUGCAAAAUCAAGGGCACAACUUCUUCAGGCCUUAUCAGAUGCCAAUCUUGAGCUUUCUACUCUUGUAUCAGCUCUUGGAGACAAAAGUUUGGUUGGCGUUCCUGAGAAGGCAUCAGGCACAAUCAAGGAACAACUUGCUGCUAUAGCACCGACACUGGAACAGCUGUGGAAACAGAAAGAGGAGAGAGUUAAGGAGUUUUCUGAUGUACAGUCUCAGAUUCAGAAGAUAUGUGGGGAAAUUGCUGGGAAUGCCAGUGAGCAGACAGGUGCUCUGGCAGUGGAUGAGUCUGACUUGUCCCUGAGUAAGUUGGAUGAAUAUCAAGUAAAGCUGCAAGAGCUUCAAAAGGAGAAGAGUGAUCGGCUGCAUAAAGUCCUUGAAUUUGUCAGCACUGUGCAUGAUCUUUGUGCUGUCCUCGGAAUGGACUUCUUUAGUACUGUAACUGAGGUUCAUCCGAGCUUAGAUGACACUACUGGUGUGCAGUCAAAGAGCAUCAGCAAUGACACACUAUCGAGGUUGGCCAAGACAGUUUCAGCUCUAAAUGAAGAUAAGAAACAAAGGCUUCAUAAGCUUCAAGAGUUGGCAGCUCAGCUAAUUGAUCUCUGGAAUUUGAUGGACACUCCUGAAGAAGAAAGAAGAUUGUUCGAUCAUGUUACCUGCAACAUCUCUGCUUCAGUUGAUGAAGUGACUGUGCCUGGUUCUCUUGCUCUGGAUUUGAUUGAGCAGGCGGAGAUAGAAGUUGAACGGCUGGAUCAGCUAAAAGCAAGCAAGAUGAAGGAGAUUGCCUUCAAAAAGCAAGUGGAGCUUGAGGAGAUAUUUGCUCGUGCACAUAUAGAGAUAAAUCCUGGGGCUGCUAGGGAGAAAAUUAUGGCUCUGAUUGAUUCCGGAAAUGUUGAGCCUACUGAGUUACUAGCUGACAUGGAUAAUCAGAUAGCAAAAGCAAAAGAAGAAGCCCAUAGUAGAAAAGAAAUAUUAGAUAGGGUUGAAAAAUGGAUGUCAGCCUGUGAAGAAGAAAGCUGGCUUGAAGACUAUAAUCGGGAUGAGAAUAGGUACAAUUCUAGCAGAGGUGCACACUUAAAUCUCAAGCGUGCGGAGAAAGCUCGUAUUCUUGUCAACAAAAUUCCAGGUAUGGUUGACACUUUGGUUGCCAAAACUCGAGCUUGGGAAGAAAUUCCUGGCAUAACAUUUACGUAUGACGGUGUUCCCCUCCUUGCCAUGCUAGAUGAAUAUGCCAUGCUCAGGCAAGAAAGAGAAGAAGAAAAGAGGAGGUUUAAGGAUCAGAAGAAGUUCAGUGAGCAGCAAAACCCUGAGCAAGAAGCCAUCUUCAGUUCAAGACCAAGUCCUGCUCGAGCAUCUGGUACGAAGGUGGUGGGUCCUCGAGCAAAUGUUGGAAGCAAUGGAACUCCUCCUAGCAGACGGUUGUCUGUAAAUGCUAGCCAAAAUGAAAGCAGGUUUGGUUCUAAAGAUGGGAGGAGGGACAGCACGAAACUGGCAUCUCCUUCCAAUUAUGUUACGAUAUCAAAAGAGGAUGCAGCGUCCCACGUUUCUGGAACUGAUCCAGUUCCAGCAUCACCCUAAUAAUAAAAUGAUAGAUUUUACACUAGUGUCUUGUUAUUAGUGUUAUUCCCAGAUGUCAUUUAGUGAAUUGGUCCGAGUGGAAGAGAUGUCGUAGUAGGGAUAUAGUCAGUGACUGGAGAGUAUACUGUUAUUCGAUGUGUAAUAUUUGUGAUAUUUAGCAUUUGGAAGCUGGUUUUUGAUCCAUUUUG